AUGAGCUUAUUGCUGGCCUCAGUGCUUGCCACCUGGAGCGGCGUCUGCUCGGCAGCCCCACGGCCGAAUAUCCUCUGGCUGAGUUGUGAGGACAUCAGCCCCCACUUGGGCUGCUACGGCUACGAACACGCAACCACGCCCAACAUCGACCGGCUCGCCACCGAGGGGAUUCGUUACUCCAACGCCUUCGCCACCGCGGGAGUGUGUGCCCCAUGCCGCUCGGCCAUCAUCACCGGAAUGUAUCAAACCUCCCUCGGCACGCAUCACAUGCGCACGAUUGCCAAGCUGCCGGAUUUCGUACACCCAUUCCCAACGUAUCUCCGACAGGCUGGAUACUACUGCACGAAUAAUUCAAAAGAGGACUACCAGUUCCGCACCCCUAAGGGCACCUGGAACGAUUCGAGCAGUACCGCUCAUUGGAGAAACCGCCCCGACCCCGAGCAACCGUUCUUUGCCGUCUUCAACUACGGUGGCUGCCACGAGUCAGGCAUCAGCAACGAUGACAAGUACAAAAGCGUGACCGAGGGCUUGGAGAAGCACGAUCGCCGGAAGGUCGCAUCAACUCUACCGCCGUACUACCCCAAUACCGAAGUCACUCGCGAAGAUUGGGGACGCUACUACGAUGUGAUCACCGCCAUGGACCGCUGGGCGGGCGACAUGCUUCAGCAAUUGCAAGAAGACGGACUAGCCGACAACACGAUUGUCUUUUUCUGGUCCGACCAUGGAGUGGGUCUCCCCAGGGCCAAGCGGUGGCUGUACGACUCAGGAAUGCACGUCCCGCUGAUUGUUCGCGUGCCCGAUAAGUACCAGUCGCAGGCCACCUAUCCGCCAGACACGGUCACGCAGCAACUCGUAAGCCUGCUGGACCUAGGCCCGACGGUCUUGAAUCUGGCCGGCUGCGAAAUCCCAGACUACAUGCAGGGCCAACCGUUUCUCGGCACCGACCUCCCACAGCAACGCGAGUAUGUCUACGGCGCCCGCGACCGCAUGGACGAGCGUUACGACAUCAUUCGCGCGGUCCGCAACGAGCAGUUCAAGUACAUACGCAACUACGAAACGUGGAAGCCUUACUACCAGUACAUGAACACCUCAGAAAAGAGUCGCACGAUGCGCGAGAUUCGCCGCCUGCAUGCCAAAGGCGAGCUUCCUCCGGCGAGCGAACGGUUCAUGGCCGACCACAAACCAACCGAAGAAUUCUACGAUCUGGCCAACGAUCCACACGAACUCAACAACCUGGCCGACGAUCCUGAGUAUCUCGACGCCAUCAAGCCAUUUCGCAAGGCCCAUCUCGAUUGGGUUGGCAACACCCGCGACCUGGGCUUGAUUCCCGAGCCCGAGUUAGCCAAACGCGAGCAUCAACUUUCCAGUCGCUACGACAUUCUCAGUUGUGAAGAGGGCCAAGAACUCGCCAUCCGUCUGCGCGAUACCGCGUUGCUUGCCGCGGGUGAUUCUCCAGAGGCCUUGCCGGAACUGCUCGAGCGUCUGAACGACCCCGACGCGGCCGUCCGUUACUGGGCCGCCAUCGGUGUGGGGAACCUGGCCUCGCAGGCCAAGUCGCAUCAAUACAAAAUCGCCGAAGCCACCAAAGACGAUUCCGCCGUCGUACGUGUUGCGGCUGCCAGGGCACUCUGCCGGAUGGGCAAUGUGCAAGAAGGGCUCCCCACCCUUGUCGAUGCACUCCACAAAGACCCACAAUGGGUUCGCUUGAACGCCGCCAUCGUGCUCGACGAGAUUGACGACGAAGCACUUCCCGUGUUAGCCGACCUGCAGCAGAGCCUCGAACCGAGAACCGAACUCCUCUAUCGCGGAAAGUACGUAGUUCGGGUGGUCAAUCGCGCCCUCAACGAACUGCAAGGCACUAACAACACGAAGAUUCUGUCGACAAUCUCGGUGGGGAAUAUGGAUUACGAACUAGAGAAGUUUAUGGGCGGGCUCAUCCGCCGCAACCGUGGCGAACGCGAGUUCCAUCAGGCCGUUCGCGAAGUUGCCGAGACCCUCAUUCCCUACAUCAACGAACACCCAGAGAUCCGCAAAGCGUCGAUUCUCGAACGCCUCACCGAACCCGACCGCAUCAUCAUCUUCCGCGUGACCUGGGAGGACGAUAAAGGCAGGGUACGGGUCAACCGCGCCUGGCGAGUCCAGUUCAGCAACGCCAUUGGGCCUUACAAGGGCGGGCUGCGGUUUCACAAAUCGGUCAAUCAAAGCGUGCUGAAGUUUCUCGGCUUCGAGCAAACCUUUAAGAACAGCCUCACCGGCUUACCUAUGGGUGGCGGAAAAGGCGGGGCCAACUUUAAUCCCAAAGGUAAAAGCGACCGUGAAGUGAUGCGGUUCUGUCAGUCGCUGAUGAUCGAACUGCACCGUCACAUCGGCGAAGACACCGACGUACCUGCCGGCGACAUCGGUGUGGGCAGCCGCGAAAUUAGCUACCUGUUCGGCCAGUACAAACGGCUCGCCAACCGUUUCACCGGCAUUCUCACGGGUAAAGGUCUGGCAUUCGGCGGGAGCCUCGUCCGCACCGAGGCCACCGGCUAUGGCUGCGUCUACUUCUGCGAGAACAUGCUCAACCAUCAUGGCGAUUCAAUCGAAGGCAAAACCGUCUCCAUCUCCGGCUCGGGCAACGUCGCUCGCUACGCCGCCGAGAAGGCCAUCGACAUGAAGGCCAAAGUCGUCACGCUCUCCGAUUCCGGCGGAUUCAUUCACGACCCCAACGGAAUCACCCAUGAAAAGCUCGACUUCAUCCACGAACUGAAGGAAGAAAAACGGGGACGCAUUCGCGAGUAUGCCGAGAAGUUCGACGGGGUCGAGUUCCACGCCGACCAGCGGCCCUGGGGUGUACCUUGCGAUAUCGCCCUGCCGUGUGCGACGCAGAACGAACUCAAUGCAGAUGAAGCACAAACGCUGAUCGAAAACGGCGUCAAAGCCAUCUCCGAAGGCGCCAACAUGCCCACCGAGCACGCGGCCAUCCAGCGGUUCUUGCAUUCCAAGGUGCUCUUCGGCCCCGGCAAAGCUGCCAACGCCGGCGGGGUGGCCGUGUCUGGGUUGGAACAAAGUCAAAACGCGCUGCGAUUGCAAUGGAGCCACGACGAGAUCGAUUCUCGGCUAAAGACCAUCAUGCGAGACAUUCACGACAAGUGUGUCCGGCAUGGCGGGGGCGAAGACCACUACACCAACUACGUCCGCGGGGCCAACAUCGCCGGCUUCCUAAAAGUCGCCGACGCCAUGCUGGCCUAUGGCGUGGUCUGA